GUAUAUAACAUAAGAAGGAAGCCGAAAACCUAACCUCAGACCUCCCGCGCAGCUUCGCUUUCUGCCUCCGAAUCCUCUCUCUCGCAGGCUCCGUCUCUGCAAGUUCAAAAUGUCUCUGGUGGCCAAUGAGGAGUUCCAGCACAUUCUGCGUGUCCUCAAUACGAACGUGGACGGAAAGCAGAAGAUAAUGUUCGCUCUUACCUCCAUCAAAGGUAUCGGCCGCCGCUUCGCCAACAUCGUCUGCAAGAAGGCCGACGUAGACAUGAACAAGAGAGCUGGUGAGCUAACUGCUGCUGAGCUGGACAAUCUCAUGACUAUUGUUGCCAACCCUCGGCAGUUCAAAAUCCCAGACUGGUUUUUGAAUAGGAAGAAGGAUUACAAGGACGGGAAGUACUCUCAGGUGGUGUCCAAUGCAUUGGACAUGAAGUUGAGAGAUGAUUUGGAACGGUUGAAGAAGAUUAGGAACCAUCGUGGUCUAAGGCACUACUGGGGUCUUCGUGUUCGUGGCCAGCACACCAAGACCACAGGCCGCAGGGGGAAGACCGUUGGUGUCUCUAAGAAGCGUUGAGCUUUUUUCUUUCUUUGUUUUAAACAAUUAAAUAUAUGGUUGGGCAAGCCAGGUUUUUUGUUAUUUAACAUGUUUGAUUAGACAUUAUUAGAGUUUUUGUUCUGUGGUUGUGGUUGGAUGUUUCACUAUGGUUGGGUUUUGAACCUUGUAGCCCUAUUAGUGUUCUCAUUUGCUCAAUUUUGGUUCUUCUAUGGUUCUGUCUAA